GGCAGGACGAGGUGCGCGCCGCGAGUCUGUGAGCAACAGUAAGAGGAGAAGCCAUGGCAGCUGGCUCUCAGGACAGAGGGGAGAGCUUCUAAAAACAAACUCUCGGUUAAAUAGUGGUCGUGACGCGGCGCUGGAGGCCACAUUCCUGACAGCCCCAGGCCGUCGGAGCUGUGGGAAGGAGAAUAAGCCCGUCCGGAUCACAGGAGAGCCGGUUCGAGAGCCAUGAAGUACAGACCUCUGGUGGUGGCGAGUGACGGGGUCCGGGCUAUGAUGGAGUCCGCCCUGACAGCCAGAGACCGGGUGGGCGUGCAGGAUUUCGUCCUGCUGGAGAACUACACCAGCGAGGCGGCCUUCAUAGAGAACCUGCGAAAACGCUUCAAGGAGAACCUGAUCUAUACUUACAUCGGUUCCGUGCUGGUGUCGGUAAACCCCUACAAAGACCUGGAGAUCUACACCAAGAACCACAUGGAGCGAUACCGCGGUGUCAACUUCUACGAGGUCUCCCCACACAUCUAUGCGGUGUCAGACAACGCGUACCGCUCCAUGAGGACGGAGAGGAAGGAUCAGUGCAUCCUGAUCUCAGGGGAGAGCGGCGCUGGGAAGACGGAGGCGUCCAAGAAGAUCCUGCAGUACUACGCCGUCACCUGUCCAGCCAGCGAACACGUGCAGACCAUCAAGGACCGUCUGCUGCAGUCCAACCCGGUGCUGGAGGCCUUUGGUAAUGCCAAGACGUUGCGUAACGACAACUCCAGCCGCUUUGGCAAGUACAUGGACAUUCAGUUCGACUUCAAGGGCGCUCCCGUCGGUGGCCACAUCAUCAACUACCUGCUGGAGAAGUCCCGAGUGGUCCACCAGAACCACGGAGAGAGAAACUUCCACAUUUUCUACCAGAUAAUCGAAGGAGGAGAGGAGGACCUGUUGAGGCGCCUCGGCCUGGAGAGAAACUCUCAGCAGUACCAGUACCUGGUCAAGGGCAACUGUCCCAAAGUGAGCUCCAUCAACGAUCGCAGUGACUGGAAGGUGGUGAGAAAAGCCCUGGCUGUCAUUGGCUUCAAUGACGAUGAGGUGGAGGAGUUGCUGAACAUCAUCGCCAGCGUGCUUCACCUGGGUAACGUGCAGUACAAAGAGGAAGAAGGCUACGCCUACAUCACGUCGGACACACAAAUUAAAUACCUGGCCAGGUUGUUAGGUGUGAAUGGGACGGUGCUGACAGAGGCCCUCACACACAAGAAGAUAAUUGCCAAGGGAGAGGAGCUCGUGAGCCCUCUGAACCUGGAGCAGUCGUCGUCCGCUCGAGAUGCUCUGUCCAAGGCGGUGUACGGACGCACCUUCACCUGGCUGGUUAACAAGAUCAAUGCAUCGCUGGCGUACACGGAUGAAUCUCACAAGGAUGCCUCAGUUAUUGGCCUGCUGGACAUCUAUGGCUUUGAGGUCUUCCAGCACAACAGCUUCGAGCAGUUCUGCAUCAACUACUGUAACGAGAAGCUGCAGCAGCUCUUCAUCGAGCUCACCCUGAAGUCAGAGCAGGAGGAGUACGAAGCCGAAGGCAUCACGUGGGAGCCAGUCCAGUAUUUCAACAACAAGAUCAUCUGUGACCUGGUGGAGGAGAAGUUUAAAGGCAUCAUCUCCAUCCUGGACGAGGAGUGUCUGAGACCCGGAGAUGCCAGUGAUGUCACCUUCCUGCAGAAGCUGGAGGACACCCUGGGGGGACAUCCACACUUUGUCACUCACAAGCUGGCCGAUGGAAAGACCAGGAAGGUGAUGGGCCGAGAAGAAUUCAGACUGCUGCACUACGCCGGAGAGGUCAACUACAACGUUAACGGAUUUCUGGACAAAAACAACGACCUCCUCUUCAGGAAUUUAAAAGAGGUUAUGUGCAUGUCCGAGAACAAGAUCCUGACGCAGUGUUUCGACCGAGACGAGCUGAGCGACAAGAAACGUCCCGACACGGCAGCCACCCAGUUCAAAGCCAGUCUGGCGAAACUCAUGGAGAUCCUCAUGUCUAAGGAGCCCUCGUAUGUCCGCUGCAUCAAGCCCAAUGACUCCAAGCAGGCAGUGCGGUUUGACGAGGUGCUGAUCCGUCACCAGGUCAAGUAUCUGGGACUGAUGGAGAACCUGAGGGUGAGGAGGGCCGGCUUCGCUUACCGACGGCGCUACGAGACCUUCCUACAGAGGUACAAGUCCCUUUGCCCAGAGACCUGGCCUAACUGGAAUGGAAAGCUGUCUGAUGGCGUGUCCACACUGGUCAAACACCUGGGAUACAAGCCUGAGGAGUACAAGCUGGGCAGAUCCAAAAUCUUCAUCCGCUUCCCCAAGACUUUGUUUGCCACUGAGGAUGCACUGGAGACCAGGAAACAUGGCCUUGCCACCAAGCUACAGGCGGGAUGGAAAGGCUACUGCCAGAAGACCAAAUUCCAAAAACUAAGGACCUCAGCCAUUGCAAUCCAGGCGUGGUGGAGGGGCAUCCUGGCGAGGAGGAAGGCCCAGCGCAGGCGACAGGCAGCUAAUACUAUACGCAGGUUUAUCAAAGGCUUCAUCUACCGCCACAAAGAGCGCUGUCCAGAGAACGAGUAUUUCCUGGACUAUGUGCGCUACUCCUUCCUCAUGAAUCUGCACAGGAACCUUCCCAAGAACGUACUUGAUAAGAGCUGGCCGACACCUCCGGCUGCGCUGACUGAGGCAUCAGAACUUUUACGCAAGAUGUGCAUGCAGAACAUGGUGUGGAGUUACUGCAAGAAGAUCGACUCUGAGUGGAAGCAUCAGAUGGAGCAGAAAAUGAUCGCCAGCGAUAUCUUCAAGGACAAGAAGGACAACUACCCUCAGAGCGUUCCCAAGCUGUUUGUCGGCACGAGGCUCAAUGGCGAGGACAUCAACCCCAAAGCAAUACAAGCUCUGGGCAGUGAGAAGAUGAAGUACGCAGUGCCAGUCACCAAGUAUGACAGGAAGGGCUACAAGCCUCGGUCCCGGCAGCUGCUGCUCACUGCCAACAGCGCCAUCAUCGUCGAGGAGGGCAAACUCAAGCAGCGCAUCGACUACGGAGCCCUGAAAGGCAUCUCGGUAAGCUCUCUCAGUGAUGGUUUGUUUGUUCUGCACGUGCCCAGUGAGGACAACAAACAAAAGGGGGAUGUGGUUCUGCAGAGCGACCACGUGAUCGAGACCCUGACCAAGAUCGCCAUCUGUGCUGACAAAAUCAACAGCAUUAACAUCAACCAGGGCAGUAUAAAGUUUACAGCGGGUCAUGGGAAAGAAGGGAUCAUAGACUUCACGCCCGGAUCAGAACUGCUGGUGGCAAAGGCAAAGAACGGACACUUGUCUGUGACGGCUCCGAGACUGAACUCCAGAUGAUGGCCACCCUGACCGGAACAUGGCAGGAAUCCCACCGAGCUCCCCCAUCCUCCAAUCACACGAAUGCAGACCUCGCUCUACCUAAGCCAACCAGACGCUGCCUGUGUCUACAUUGCGGGCUUGUGCUUCCAAUUAAAAAUCUAAACCAAAAAAAAAUAAAAAUCUAGCUAAACUAAUUGACAUAUUUAUGUUUAUAUAUAAUAUUUUUGAGAUUAAUGCUGUUGCUGUUUAAAUAUUCAGAUUUUAUAAAUAUAUGUAUAAGGCCAAGGAAUAACAAAUAUUUCAGGUGCAUUUUUUUUGCACCUUGCCAGCUUAUUGUGCUGUAUUUGGGAGCAAGAACACAGUGGGGGACAAGACUCAGACACCAAGGAGAACAGGAGUCCUGUUUCUGGAGAAGAUCAGAGUAACCUGUUUGUUGCUGGUCGCUGUUUUUAUUCCUCUUUGCUUGCUAAUCAGCUUUAUCCCUGCUUUUCUGCGGAAGACGUCUUCUCGUUGAGUUACGACGGUGCACAGAUCAGGGCAUGAACGCGUGUGGAGCAGACAGGGAGAGGUUCAGUGGCGAGGAAGAGAAAUUCACCAGCAGGCCUAGAAUACUUCGACACAGAAACAGCUGCUGGUGUCGGAACUGUAGCUUUCUGAAAAUGCUGCAUAAAGAUGACCAAAGUAAGUGAGACGUGAUUAGGGGAGAGGUGAAAAACACGAUAAAGCACAGCCUUGUUUUACCUUCGAUCCAGGUGCCUCUUUAUUUUCUUUGGCUAAUUACAUUUUCCGAACCCUUAAUCAGUUGUUUUUGAUGAAUCUGAAAACCUUUAAACCCAGUGGAAGAGAUAAAGAGUCACAAAGUCACUCUUUGACUAAACGUUAAACCACAGCGUCAGCCUCGCUGUCCUCCUCAUCUCCAUGUCUGUUCUGACUCUUCCUGUCAAGACCGGAACCGGUCUAAUGGGGGACAAGUAGCUGGACUUUGAACUUUGAAAUGUCCAAAUUUGCCAAUAAAUGAUUCUGGCAGAUUUUCUUCUGGUGUAUCUAUGUUUCCAGAGACGAGCUCAUUUACCUGAAUUCAGACUAGAUUUUGUUCUGUUGGGCUUAGCUAAAGUCCUCACAAGGACUAAAAACACUUGUUGGAAAAGCAGCAGAUGCUAAUAUGUUGUCUUCUUUUUGAGGGAUGGGAAUAAUUUCACAUUUUGGAUUAACAUUUUAAAAAGCCACUUUGUCGAUAUGCUAUUUGUAAAAAAGCUAAAGCCUGGCGGUUGCUAGCAUAGCUUUAUGAAAGAAGGCUAGCAUACCUGUUUACAUUAGCAAUACGGCUCAUCAGUGACACAAAUGUCUGGCGAGAAUAAUUUUAAUGACACAGCAGUCUGCUAGAAGGCUAGCUGCUCUGGAAAAAAGAAAGAAAGAAGAAAACCUGCUGUCUAGAAACACUAAAAAUUCCUGGCUUGGCUUCUCUGAACUAGAGGGUUCUUCUGCCAAAGCCCAGUGGACCAUUUCUGCCACGAACAGCGCUGUCCCAUUCCAACUCCGACAUCUUCCAGACCAAAGACUAGUAGUGAAAAGCUUCCCAGAGGAACCUCUAAAUGUUUUCAGAGUAGAUACAGUCAAGUGCUUUUCAAUUUUACCCCCCUCAAAUUCACUCCGUGACAGCACUCCUUAUCCGAUCAUGGUUCUGGAUGGUGGAACCACCCACCAAAGCAGGACUGUGUCGCCGCAUUUAUUAGCCAAAGAUCUUGUUGAUUUCUUUUGAUUCUGUGCUGUAUGAUUAAUAUAAUGUAAUUGUGUCUGUAAGGAAUGUCAUGUUUGUUUUCUUUUGGGGGGGUGGGGAGUUAUAAAUGUACAGUUUGUGACGUCUCUUAUAACUGAGCAGUUCAAGUAGAGAGGUUUGGUUAUGUGAGAGAGGAGAAGAAAAGCUUUUAAUGGUUUUUAGUGCAAACUUUGUAUUCACGUGCCUUGUUUUAGACAGACACAAGAUCCGCUUGCUAAAAGAAAUCCUCUCUGUGACUUUCAGAGGUUUUGCUCAUCUCUGUGUACAAGCUUUAUUCAAACCAAGUCCAAUGUUUGUUGAUUUACAGAUACACUCCUGCUUUCUGUCCCAUCUUACUGUACAACUAAUGUAUAACUAUGCCAACACACUAAAUAAUACUUAUAAUUUGAAUAAAUAAAUUGAAAAAGUUAAUACAA